UUCCAUUUUACAGAAGUUGAUAUUCUUUUUAGCUAAAUAUCGAUAUAUUUCUCUUCGAUAUAUCGAUGCAUCGAUAUCAGCUAAUUCAGCUAUACCGAUAUCGAUAUUUUUUUGAAAACUGCCAUCCCUACAUACAGCUGGGCAGUUCGUGUGACGUGACCUCUGUGAAUUCACAAACGACCAAAAAUGUCUAGAGGAUUCUCAGAUAUAUCAUGCUCUAACAAAAGUUGAUGGGAUCUGGGAUCAGAAAGGUAAUGCCUGCCAAAAGUCGUAACAAAUGGUUUACAGGCUACAGAAAUUGAAUUCUGAACAAUACCUAAUCAUCACAUCCCAUCUGAACAGAUCAGAAGGAUCAACGAAACACAGAAACAUUUUCAGGGUGAUCUUACCUACAAACAAUCAGAGGGCAAAGUGUAGGUAUUGGCACCAUCUAUAAAUCGCUUGAUCAAUAAGAUAGGAAAGAAUAGUGAUAAAAGUAUUAUUUUGAAGCUAACUGCGUUCACCAUCUAAUCCAGAAAAUAACAGGACUUUCUUUUUUUAUUGGUCAUUGAUGCAUCCACCAUUAUGAGAUAAGAUAGUCAUUUCGAUUUCCUAUAAACUAGAGAAAGAUAGACUGACGGCUCGCUAAUCCACCAGCGGAAAAAAGAAUGUGCACAUAGCCAACUGAGAGCUGUCACUUCACUUUAGUUUAUUUACUUACAAAUUUCUUAUAUAUUUUUUUAAUUUUUUUUAGUUUGCCGAGCUUACUAGUAAUAUCCUGUCAUCUUCUAUAUUUAGUUUGGGGUGAUUGAAUGAUUAUUGGCUGAACAAAUCGUUGAUAUGCAAACCUAAAUAAUUCCCAAAGAUGCCGGUACUAAGACCGAGGUGGAUAGGCGAAAGAGCAGCAAGGCUCAAUAACAUCUUCAGAAAUUCCCUAAAUGAUCAGGUGUUAACAGAAAUUAAUGCUGGUGCGGAUUCAUUAUCGUUAACCACGCAAAAAGCAUUGGAGAGGUGCGCACCUGAAAUCAGGCAAGAAAUAGUUAAUAGACAAAGUCUAUUGUAUAGGGCAUGUGAAAAAGGCCAAAUAAAAAUUGUCCAAUAUCUAAUUGAAACAUGCGGAGCAGAUAUCGAACAACAUGGCAUUUAUAGCAUACAGCAAGACAGAUCUGUACACAUUGUAACACCGUUAUGGUGUGCUGCAGUUUCUGGUGACUUGAAAAUGAUGGAACUGCUUUUGAAGGCAGGAGCAGAUGUUAAUGCUGCUUCUGACUCUGGUUCCACACCUUUGAGAUCAGCUUGCUUUAUGUCCCAUAUUGAUGUGGUCAAAUUGCUUCUAGUACAUGGAGCGAAUAUUAACCAAACAAAUUUCAAUGGGGGUACUUGCCUUAUAAAUUCAGUACAAAGCCCUGAGUUGUGCAAUUUUUUAUUGGAAAACGGAGCCAACAUUAAUGCUUAUGACAUUCAAGGUAAAACUGCAUUGCACUAUGCCAUACAAGAACAUAGGUUGGAUACAACCAAAAUUUUAUUGGACAAUGGUGCUGAUCCAUCUGCUGAAACAAGGUACGGAGAUGAUGCACUUCAAAUGGCAUGUCUAACAGCAACCUCGCCAAUCUUCGAAUAUCUGACAUCAAACAUAAGCUAUGAACCAGAAAGACUUGCUAAUGCUCACGAACUUAUUGGGGCAUCCUUUUUGGAUGUCAAAACCGAUGUAAGUGUAUGCUUGAACCACUGGGGAAUAGCUUUAAGAAUCAGACAUGAAAACGGUUUGUAUCCUAAAGUGCCUGCUCUGCUGCCUCAAAUCGAAGCGUAUAGGAAUCAAAAAGAAUUUGAAACUGUAGAAGAGUUAUCAGCAUUGGAAGGGAAUAUGGUAAAUAUAAGGACACACAGUUUGUUGGUUACUGAAAGAGUUUUGGGGACGCAGCAUAGGGAUACCAUGCAAAGAUUAAUGUUCCAAGGUGCUGCAUACGCAGAUCAGAUGCGCUACCAACAUUGCAUUGAUUUGUGGAGUCGUGCCCUACACAUUCGUGUUGAAAGAGACUCAAUCUUGUCCUCAGAUUCUCAAUUCAUUGUAAAAGCCUUGGUAAUGAUCAUGGUCGAUUAUCAUGUAAAAUCUCUUCAAGAAGGAAUUGAUAAUAUGGAUAAAAGGCGUAACGAUAUUGUGGAAACCUUUAAGCUAAUAUGUAUGCACAUUCUAUGGGCGAAACCUUUGUUGCAAAUAAGGCCUCAGCUUGAUGAACAAUUGCACACUUACGAAAAAACCUUAAGGUAUCUUAUUUAUUUGAUUCAUUUGUUAAUUGAAACAGCGAAAACAGAAGCCAAUCAAAAUGAAGUAAAAAGAAUGUUGACAAUAUUGUUGAAAGAAAAUGUAAGGUGUUUCAUGACAGGAAAUUCACUAUUGCACUUUGUUGUUCUAAGUUCACAUAGUACCAUAGAACACAGUUUGCCACAAACUAAUCGGAGAGUUGCACGAGAUAUGAUUGCAAAAAUAUUACUGCAAUGUGGAAAUAAUGUCAAUGCCACAAACCAUCAGGGUUGUACACCUCUACAUGUAGCCACCAGCAGAAAGCGAUACUAUUCUCCUGAAUUAGUAACCGUUUUAUUAGACUUUGGAGCUCAUUUAGAUCAAGUGGAUGGCCAUGGUUUUACAGCUGUUAAUGUCUUAAGGUUCAAGAACCAUCAGCAUUCAUCUUUAAUCAAUUGCACCUCCUUAAAAUGUCUUUGUGCCACUAAAAUAGUUAAGUCAAAAAUUCCUUAUGAGGGACAAUUGCCUUUCACUUUGGAACAAUUUAUGAAGUUACAUAAACGACGACCUAUUUUUCAGGUUUUCAGUAAUUAGGUUUAUUCAGACAUUGUGUGAUACAUUAUUCAUAAUAUUUAUUUAUUAGGUAAGUGAGCUGAAAUAAUGAAAAACGGCUAAUUGUGGUUCAAAAUAUAAAUACAGAAGAAAUUUGUUAUAUUAUUCUAUUAUAUAAAACUGUUGAUAAGAUGUUUCUUUAAAUUUUUAAGAUAAUAAUAUAGGUAUUACAAAUAGUAAUAGUAUUAAUUUUGUGUAUGUAGAAUACCUAAAUUUAAGUUUUGUAACGCUUUAUUUAAUAAGAUUUUGUUGUUGUUGUGAUAUUCAUUUAAUAAAACACAUUAAAAUGGGUUUCCAAGUUGAUUUUAUUUUUAAUUCACUUUAUUGAAAACGUAAAACUACAAAAAUUAUCUACAAUCAAAAAACAAUCAAACCUACUGUUCCUUUGGAAUUGGAUCUUCAAGAUCUUCAAUAUCUGCUGAUCCUUCUCUAAUGAUUCUGUAGUAUUUAGCAGUAGAGACAGGUCUGAAGUAGUAAGCUUGAUAAUCGACACGCUCAUCCAUCUUCUCCAUUAUUUUUGAUUCAAGUUCUCUAAAUUAUCACAGAAAUAACUAUAUUUGAAUUAAAUCAAAAAACAUUUUACCUUAAUUUUAUUUUUUCCUGUUCAAUAAAAAGAUAAGUGCAGUAUUUUUCAUACUCUUGCUGGGGAUUAGUCAAUACGUAUCUGGCCAACAAUCUAGUUACAGGAUUCUAAAAAAGUGAGUGUUUAACUUGAUAAAAUUAUUUUAAGUUAAAACUCUCACUUUGUAAUAUUCCCAAUGUUUAGGUGUGUAAUCCUCUGGUAUUUCCGAAAGAGUAGCAGGCCCGACAAAUAAGUUCAUGCCACCGACGAACAGGCUGCACGGAAUAAUUCCCAAAAAUAAAUAAAAGUGGACCAAAUCUUUGAAUUUAUUCCAUUGCCAUCUUGAGGGUUGCAUGGGAAAUAUUCUGUGGUCAGACAUUGGCCUAUGGAC